AGCAUCCACCAUUGCGCAUGCGUCGUAUCCAGAGUGGCACUUCCGUAAACAAAAUGUCGUCAACAAUGUUUUUAAAUAGAACAAUACCUAAAAAUCCAGACGACGAUUUUGUAUUGCAUGGAAGAUCAACAGCUUACUGGGAAAGAGAAGAAUGUCCCACAAAUUCACAAUUAACUCUCACCACUGCAAGAUUAAGCCAAAAUGACAUUUACAACCCUGAUAAUUAUAGAGUGAGGAAACGUGAAAAGAAAUAUGCCACAACCCUCUCAGAUCUUGCCAAUAAUUUGGAAUACCUAAGUGACAGAGUGGACACCACUCUUAGUAAAGGUGUCACAUUUAAGAAUGAUGAUAGAGAAAUUGAAGAAGAAAUACGGCGAGAACUAAGACAGAGAGUGGAUGCAUCAUCUUUUACAAAACCAGUUAAAUUGACUGAGAGCCUUAGGAGAGAUCUAGAUGAAGAUGAUUUGUUAGAAUUAUAUGAGAAACAUGUAGGUGAGAUUGAUGAUUUUUCGGGAAAACCAACAUCACCUAGGGAUGCACAAUGGUAUGUUAAUCCAAACCAUUUGGACACAACCAGUGAGGCCCCAACUAUGCAGAGUAUAGGUAAAACAUACAGAUAUGGAGAUAGAUGCAAGAGUGAAUAUGCUGACAAAGACAAAGUAGCAUUAGACAAUUUCCCGGUAACUCUAGGUUCAUCUUAUGAGUUAUGUGCCCUUGACUUCCCAGCAUCUGACCCAUUAAAUCAAACAGCACCACCAUCUCUGAGAACUGGAAGAUCUAAGUCAGCUUCUAGAAUUGGCAGAUCGCACACAUUUAGGACUGUAGACAAGUCAUUCAACCCAGAACAGAAUUUAGACAAAUUGUAUCUUAUGACAAAAGAAGCCCCAACUAUAGGAAGUUCAACUGUACAAUUUGCAACUCCACAUGAGCUGAUCCUGGGAAAACUUAGAAUGGAAAGAUUAAAACUUGAAGAGGCUAAACUGCUUGAAUUGAAACGAUUAGAAGAACUAGAAAGAACAAGGGGACCAAAGCCUAAAUGGUAUGAAUCCAAAGGUCCAGAAUUCCACUACGAAUCACACAAGAAUACGCAGCUAAUACGGUCUGUGUCCGACUACCAGGAUAUGUUAGAUUACAGGGAGGACCUUCUCAGAUCAUCGUAUGACAACUUGAAGAAAUAUAAUAGAUCUCUACUUCUUGCAUAAUGAAGAAUUUACUUGACAAAAUUUUUUUUCCUCCCCACUGAUGGCAUUUUAAUUUGGUUUUAACUGUGAUUUAAAAUAUUUUAUACAAUGUUUGACUCAUUUUAAUCAGUAUUUAUUUUUCUUUUUGCUUUUUUGUUUUCUGUAUUUUGGGAUUUUUCAUUACCUAGUGAAGUCUUUUUUUGCUUUAUUUAGACUUUCGAAAAUAUAGAAGAUCAAUAAAAAAGAAAACACCUUUAUAUUUACAAUAAAUGUUGUUGUUUUUUCCCAUACUUACAAAUAUUUUAUGUUUUUUUUUUCCCGAAACUUGAAAAAUCAUUGUGAUAUUUCAUUUCAAAAAUGAUGUCUUUAUUUAUCCUAAAUUACUCAUUAAUUUUGGUUUAGAAAAUCUCUUUGGUAUAUAAUUAAAUAUUUAUAUGUUUAUUUUCCAAAAUGUGGUUAAAAAAAUCAUCAUAUUUAGUAUGUGAUUUAAAAAAAAAUCAGGAUAUUUAGAUAAUGCUUUCAUUAUGAGUAAACUUCUGUGAACUGAUCGGUAGACUCUGUAUGUUAUUGUUUUAUAUUGGCCAUGCUUCUAGAUCUGUAUUUUGCUAUUUACAGGCAUAAUAUUAUAUACUUUUAUCAAAUUUACAUCAGCUUAUACCUUUCAUUUAAUUUACACAUAUAUUUGUUUUUGUUUUUUAGUACAUGUAUCCAUUAUGGAAAAGAACAAAGUAGUAUAUUGUAUAAUCUAGUCUGUAGGAGUUUUAUUUAACCCACCAGUAUUCUAUGUUAAAUGUGUUGUUAUUGUUUUAACUUUACAUAUGCUCAAUACGUGAUAUAUUUUUAUGUUUCUGUUAUUAAUUGGUAGCUCGAUAUUCCUUUCUAUUAUUUCAUCAGAUUUGAAGGAUAUAACUCUUUUCCUGAAUUGGUUCUAUUUGGGACAAAAAAUAAUUUAAAUUAUAAUUAUUUUAAGUCCCAGGUCCUAUACUGAAAUUCCUUCAAACCAGGAAUGUUUUUUAUAAACAUUAACGUUUCUGUUCAUACAAAAAGAAUGUUUCUUUACCAGAAUUUAAUGUAUAUUCAUUUAUUUAGUUUUAUUUUCAAAGACCAUACUUCGUCAUAUGUCAAAUUAAAGGGAUGUAACUUAACCUGAAUUGAAAGAUAUUUUUCAGUAGUGCUUGUCUCCCAUUAGUUAGAGCCAUAUUUACUGCCUCUUGCACCAUGUAUACAAUGUUGUUUGAGAAUUCUUAAGAAAUUUGUUUUUUAACAAGUCAAUGUUCAUUGGUUUUGGAUUAAGAAUAUAUAUGAGCCGUGUCACGACAAAACCAACAUAGUGGGUUUGCGACCAGCAUGGAUCCAGACCAGCCUGCGCAGUCUGAUCAGGAUCCAUGCUGUUCGCUUACAAACCCUAUUACAAGUAGAGAUACUGAUAGCGAACAGCAUGGAUCCUGAUCAGUCUGCACAAAUGCCCAGGCUGGUCUGGAUCCAUGCUGGUCGCAAACCCAUUAUGUUGGUUUUUUCGUGACGCGGCUCAUAUUUUUAUUAAGUCUAAGAGUGCAUAGUGCAUUGGUAUACAACUGAACUAAACUGAUCGUGCUGAACAAAAAUUCUAUUUUGAGUAAUAAUUAUAAUAAUAGGUUCAGCAGAUAUAACCUGGUCCAAUGUUCACUUCAGUUGAAGGAUCAGAAUCCAGAUCAGGAUCAAAUUUAAAAACUCAAAUAUUCUAUUGUUUAUUUUCAUGGAUUUAAUGUUUAAUUAACUUGAUAAAAUAUUGGACUAAAAAUAGAAUGUUUAUGAAAUUUUAGAAUAUGGGCAUUUCACAGUUGAUCCAAAUAUUGAUCCUGAUCCUUAACUUGAUCUUUAUUUUGAUUUCAUUAUUUUUGUAUUUGUUUUGUUAUUGGACAAUGUUAUCCAGAAAUAGGGUUGUAACUUUGUAAAUCCGCAAUUUUUUGCAAUCUGCAUAUGUACCAUUCAAAUUCUAACAAAAUACGAUCAAUUUUAUUUUAAUAAAAAUAUAAUCAGGAUAAUUUGAUCCUGAUCCUAAUAUUUUCUUUGUGAACACGUGACCUGAUGACAUGUAAAUUACAUGGUUAAUCACUGCUAAUCUGUAAGUACUAGGUGUGCCUUUAUUCUUAUCCAUUUUUGUUUUGAAAAUAAAGUGAAAAUGCCUGUAUAAACAUUUAACAUUAUUGCAGAAGAUAAAUACUUGUUACUUUUUAAAAUCUAUACAUAGAUAUCUUUAAUGUCAGGUGUAUAAAUUUGUACCAAAUACUCACAGACAAUACAACAUAGUAUAUGGCUUUUGUACACAGAAACUUCAUCUAAAUAAAUGGUGGCUCUAGUUCAUGGAUAGCCUGAAAACUUAUCACACGGUUUCCAACUGUUAUCAUCCUUUUUACCAAAAAAAAAAAAAAAAAACACAACUAUUCUACAUGUACUCGUAUAUGCAUUUACUUACAAGGAAAAUAUAAUUAUAUGGAAGUGAUAUAAGCUUUAUUUUUUCACUAUAUAUUGCAGAUUAUGAAAAACCCUUAUUGGACAUACAAUGUAUAUUUGGCUUUAUCAUAAGUACCAAAGUACAUGUGCACUUAUCUGUACAUGUAUACAAUAAUAUGUGUUUAAAUUUGCCACAGAAUAGUUUAGAAGUGCUAUAUAGUAAUAUUUUUGCACACAGAUAUUUCUUUAGUAAAAUGUUUCAACACUCACUGAAAAAAACGUUUUUUUAGACAUGUAGUUUAUAUAAAGAUGUUCACCUGAAGUAAACAUGUGCAUGUUAAUUGUAUGUUAAUUAUGUUAUAAAUUAGAAAUAAUAUUUUAAAAGAGAAAAUAAAGUAUAAAAGAAAUUUA